GAACAACAGCAGGAGGAAAAACGCUACGAUCCCAACGACAAAACACUUAAGUUUGUAACGCGACAGGAUGACAUAAGUAUGUAUAUAGCCUUACAUUUAUGUAAACUCACGUUAGAUGAAGAUGACAGUCAUUUCGGUAGGGUUCCUUAGAGAGAAACCAAAAACAAGUGUGCUUUGUCUAGCUAGUUGCAUACUGAGUAGGCCUACGCGUAAGAUGAGUAACAAAAAUUACUGAGCGCACUUUAUACUGAUGGCUAACUAAAUCUCAGAGCGAUCUAAUAGCCUAUUAAAUAUAGCUAGUUUUUAAGGCAAUGUUUAGGCUAAUUACUGAAUAUUGAGUUAUGCUACUUUAUUAUUAUAAUUUUUUUAAAGUAGCCUAUAAACAGUAGCCUAUGGCAGUAUUCUUGGUAGUAUUCUACAAUAUUUUGUCACAUGACCUCAUUAUGACUCAUCCAGUCAUCAUCUUAACAGCUGUUUUUAAUGUCUUUUAGUGAUAAAUUAAAAAUGAGUGAUAUUAUUUCCAGUUCAUUCAUCACACUUGAAAUGGCGAAGUCCAGUGCAUUGCACAAAAGAGCGAUGACCAAACAUUUUGGUAAACUGAUUAUCUAGGUAUUGCAUAUAAACUUUGUAUUUUAUGAAUUCUAGUGAUUGUAUGCUAAGUCCUUAAUGUGAUCAUUUAAGCAGUUACCCUGCAUCCUUAGAAUGCGUUAAUUUAAAUGAAUAAUAUAAUUAUUAAUAUUUUUCUUGAAUCUUAAGAUCCCAGUUUACUAAUAUACUUUCAGCUGGGGAUGAUGACCCUGAGACUCGUCGUGCUGAGAUGUCAUGUGGCCAUGCAGUGACUCCACAAUCACUGACUGCAUGGUGUCGUAGUCUGCUGGACCAGGGUCAGCACAAGUUCCUAUGCCCUGCACUUAAAGAAGGCACAAUACAAAGAUGCAAUGCAGAAUGGCCCUAUGUGGAGGUGCGGAGGUUGGCUGUACUGACACAAGAGGAGCAGUGCCAUUUUGAAGAGACAAUGGCUGUCCUUGCUGCAGCUGAGUACUGCGAACACAAAACAUGUCCUGGAUGCCAGACAUUCGUAGAGAGGGCCGACAUUACCAACCUCUGUGUCAUGUGCACAAUCUGCACGGCUGAGAAGGGUCGGACAUUUCAUUUCUGCUGGCAGUGUAUGAGAGAGUGGAAAGGCCCAGGCCCUCGGUCUGACCGCUGUGACAAUCCCGGCUGCACCAAUCCUGACAUUGAAAAGUUGGCAAAAUGUCGUUAUGUAACGCUACCUGAAGUCAAAAAUGUGAGCUGUCCCUCAAUGCGAGCUUGCCCCACUUGUGGCAACCUUGUGGAGCAUGACACAACAGGGUGCAAGAAUGUCAUAUGUAAUCGCUGCAGGGUAGAAUUCUGCUUUGUUUGCCUGAAAGUCACUCAAGUAUGCUUGCAAACAAGCAGUUACUUCAUUGCCUGUUCAGAUGGGGUCGCGCCACGGCAGACUUCCAUUCCUUCCUGGAACAGAAAUUGAAAACCAUCGAAGCAGCCAAACAAAAUGAUGUAAACGUGACAUGAUAAAAUGUGAAAAAUGUGUAGCUUGAAUGCAAUGUAAGUUGCUUUGGAUUAAAGUGUGCCAAAUGCACAAUGCCAUGUAGAAAACUGUGUUAAAAUGUUUAUUCCUUUUGUGUGUGAUGCUAUAUAAAAAUCAUCUACAGUAUAUAAGGUGAAGGCUUUAUGUCCAUUGUUCUUAUGUUGACUCUUUUAUUCUUUCAAUAGAAUGGCAUGUUCUUAAUUUAACUAUUUGUUUGCUCAUGCAGAGGCAUAAAUGAGAGUGAAUUUGAAGAUGUUUUCAUAUUUUAGACAUGGCCUCUUAAAUUUUCUUUUGCCUUUCCAGGUGUGGCAUAAAUUGCUCUAAUAUACAACAAUAAAAUCAGUUAGCUGAGAAAUAUUGUGCCAUGGUAUAUUUAAUCAGUACUGAAAACAAAAGUAGGAAAAAAUGACAGAAAAUGUAAAAAACUGUUGCUUCCCAAGUUUGUAAGGUAAACAAACAAAAAACAGGAGGACAUUUCUCAGUUCAAGUACAGCCAUGUGACAAUUUGAAAUGGAAUUUCCCUUAAAGUUUUCUGCAAAUGUAAAGUGAAAGUCAGUACACAUCAGGUAUGAUACCAAAUUCAACAUUAUGACAUGUGAUAAUAGGCAGGCUUGAUAAAUAAAUGUGAGUAGAGCUGUGACAGUUUUGGUUUCUGUCACACUGAAACCAAGUCUUUGCUGUUUAUCUGAGAACUGUGCCAUUGGAAGAGGAAGACAUUCCUUUAUUAUUCUCCAGAAAUUUCCUGUUAACAAGCCAGUGGCUCAAAUGUUAAACAAUUUUUGACAAAUGUUAAAUGGAUUUUCCCUUAAAGCCCAAAACAUUUACGCAAAUAUGAACAGAUCAGAUGUUGUUUACAAAACUUCAUGAAAAAUAUGAAGCAGUUAAAUUAAAUAAUGCAAUAAUUGUCAUGCAAAUGUUGAAAUAUAAAUACUGAUAAAAAUGGGUCCUUCUUGGGUGCAUGGUAAUCUAUCGAUGAGUUUUGCUCCUAAUUAUGGUUCAUCUCAUACUGACAUCUUCAGUCACAGUGGAAUAAAUGCAGGCAUUCUUAAACUCUUCUAACCCUUAUUUUUAUUAUUAUUAUUUUUACUUGGACAUACUGUACUAGGACCAUCAGGUAUAGACUAAUAAAGAAAGACUAACAAUGCCCUCUAGUGUGUAAGUAUGCAAUUAACCCGUAAAAGGUUGUUGUCAGCUACAUAUGGAGCAUUUAAGCUGUAACAGUAAAACAAAAGACUUACAUUAAAGGUUUGUAAACAUUCAAGGAACAUACAUCUUUAUAUUCCUACCAUAAUUGUGGGCUGAGAAGAAAUUGCAUGAAAGCAACAAUUGACUCCAAACUGAAAUCUCAUUAAUUUAACCUGACAUUGAUGGAAACUGGGGCUGUAUAAAGCUUAAAAAACACAAACAUAAAAUUGCUUCCUAUAACACGUGUGCUCUCUUUCAAAGGACUCUAUUCAGAAGCAAAAUCUCAUUUAUGCUUCUGCAAAUUUAAAUUGACAUUCAAACCUGGUCGACACAAAAGCAGGACCAUUGACAACCUAGAUAUGCGUGUAAAAAAUGACUACUGUAUAUAUUUUAAAAUAAUUAUUGGUGCAAAAUUCAGCACUCCAGAAUUGGUUAACACUUCUAAUGAUGUAGUCUUAAUUUGUGAACCAGAGUAUCCCCAAAUAUGGUGCAUAGCAUGAGAUUUUAGCUCGUCUGUACCUUCCUACAGACCUUUAGGUUUCUUCUACUUUGUA